GGUCGAUCAUCAUGUUUCGUGAUUUUGUGGUAUAUUUCAUGGUGUCAAAAAUUUUGCAAUAAAAAAGAGUGGUUUUCAAUUGGCAAAUAUUUGAAAAUAUCUAUAAAAUCAUAAACAGUUUCCUAUGUUGUACAUCGAAGAAAAAAUUAAAAAUAUUUUUUAUGUGAACGAAUGGAAGUGCAGUGUAUGCUGUAAACUAUUCUGAAACUUAAGACUUUAAGGCACUGACAGGAAAGGUGAUUUUUCUAUAAUACAAAUAUGAACAGAGAUAUGAAACACAAUCUGAGAAGUCUGAAACGAACUCCGAUAACAGACGACUAUGAAAUAACCAAAACAGUCUUGGGACUCGGAAUAAAUGGUAAAGUAGUGGAAUGUUUCAGCAGAGCAACAAAGGAGAAAUAUGCUUUGAAGAUACUUGUAGACAGUGUGAAAGCAAGAAGAGAAGUUGAUCUACACUGGCGAGCCAGUGGCUGCCGUCAUAUUGUGAACAUUAUUGAUGUUUAUGAAAACAAAUAUAAUAGCAGUACAUGUCUUCUAGUUGUCAUGGAAUGGAAGGAAUAUUGUUAUAUAAAUAUGACUUACUCAAUUCACUCUCCAUUACUUAUUAGUCUUUUCUGUGUUUAUUUUUUAGAGGCUGCCCAAGUGAUGCAUGAGAUUUGUAUUGCUGUCAAAUAUCUUCACAGUAACGAUAUUGCCCACAGGGAUUUGAAACCAGAAAACCUUCUUUAUUCUAAACCAGGUCCCUUCGGUGUACUUAAAUUAACCGAUUUUGGAUUUGCCAAAGAAACAUUAGUAAAAGAUACACUCCAGACCCCUUGUUAUACCCCGUAUUAUGUUGCUCCUGAAGUCUUGGGUCCUGAAAAGUAUGACAAAAGCUGUGAUAUAUGGUCUAUGGGAGUAAUUAUGUAUAUUUUGUUGUGUGGGUUCCCGCCAUUUUACAGUAACCAAGGACUCGCAAUAUCUCCUGGAAUGAAAAACCGUAUCAGAAUGGGCCAGUACACAUUUCCUAAUCCUGAGUGGCAAAAUGUUAGUCAAGAAGCCAAAGAUCUUAUCAAUGGCAUGCUCAACAUCGAUCCAACCAAAAGAUUCGCUAUUGAUCAAGUUAUAACGAACAGGUGGAUAGCUCAAUAUACUGCUGUCCCCCAAACACCGUUACACACCAAGAAAUUGCUGAAGGAGAAUGUCGAAGUAUGGCCUGAGGUACAAGAAGAGAUGACACGAUCAUUGGCAACAAUGAGAGUAGACUACGACCAAGUACAAAUUAAAACUUUGGAAAACUCUAACAAUCCCCUUUUAAACAAACGUCGUAAAAAAAUGUCUGCUAAUAAGUCUUGAAUGAAACAUUGUUUUUUUAUUGAAACCACUACUAUUCAAAAUAGACCACUGUGGUUGAAUUUAUAGUAAUUGAUCUUAUUUUAGUUUUAUAAGUGCAUUUAUGAAAUUGUAUCUUUUGUUACGUUUAUCCCAGUUCUAAAUAGUGAAAACUAUAUUUUAUUUAGUAACGUUAUUUUUUUAAAGGGUAUGUUGGAUUUGCCAGCAUGCCAAAUAUAAGUAUUCGCCAAUUCAAAUGAAAGUAUUUGGUGAGACAUAUUUUACAGGGAAGUGCCUAAUUUAUGAACAUUCAUUGUCACUUUUUAAAAUGAUUUUUGAUUCUCACACAAAAUUCCAAGUAAUUCGCUGUAUGCAGGUUGUUGAAUAAUUUUCGAUAAUGAUAUACAAGAGAAUGAUUCUGA